UGGUUUUGAUGUGGGUUUUGUUAUUGGAUGCGGUGAUGAUAAUAGUAAAAGCAACAUCAGCAAUUUAAUACUAAUAAAUAUCAAUCAAUUGAGAAUAUUAUAAUCCUAAUAUUAAAUUAAUCCGUAAAACCCCUCCUCAGCAAAGGGGUUGCUUUGAAAUUGAACUCUUUCACCUUCUUUCUCUGCCUCUUAAUGGCUUCUCUCCUUAAUAUAUAUUUACAUAUAUAUUUUCUCUCUCUUCCUUGACUCCAAAUUCUUGGGUUGUUCUCAGUUAAUGAGCCUCUUGAGACUUGUGUUUUGAUGAUGAUUUCAUUUCUCUUCCUAUAGCCGUCCCUUCUUUUACUUCUUGACUUGACGGACUUAAGACUUGCCUGCCUGGCUUCCAUUCAAGCCUUGCUUUGUUGGGUUUCCAUCCAUAGACUUAAGAUUUUGAAAGGUUCUGAACCAUGUCCAAAGGAAAAGAGCUAGGGGGUGAAGAUGAAGGGGGUGAGGUCUGCAGAAAUGAUUGUAAUCCUCGUAAGAAAGGAGUGCUUGGUCGGGAUCCUGACAAUAACGUUUGGAUUACUUAUAAUAGCCCCCCAUCAAAAAGGCUUGACGCUUGCGAAACUAAUACAAAGGAAGAUCAAGGGGGCUAUGCGAUUGGAAAUGAUAAUAAUCCUUGCAAGAAAGGGGUGCUUCAGGAGGAUUCUGGUAAUAGAUUAUGGAUUGCUUGCAAUACUUCUCCACCAGAAACUAUUGCUACUUGUGAAACCAAUAGAAUAGAAGGCCCAAGCAGGUAUGCGUUUUCUUCCAACGAGGGCAGAGUUGAUGGAUCCUCAAGUUUAGAACCUCAGGAUGCAGAUUACUCCGAAGUUCCCCAGCUCAGUGAUGAGGUAGAGAAUCAGAUUUUGGCAAGGAUUCCAAGAUCAGAGUACUGGAAAUUUCCAUUGGUGAACAAACGAAUAUUUGCUCUUACGAAGACUGGUGAACUCUUUAAGAUUAGGAGGGAACUUGGGGUCAAAGAAUCAUCUGUUUUUAUUUUUACAACUGGAGACAGUGGUUGGUGGGGAUUUGCUCGACAAUUUAGUUCUCGUCGUAAGCUUCCAGACUUGCCAGCAGACUCUUGUUUUUCUUCAGGAGACAAAGAAUCAGUUUGUGCAGGGACUCAUCUGAUCAUUUCAGGCAGGGAGAUAGAUGGUGUUGUUGUUUGGAGAUAUGAAUUGGAAACAAAUAGCUGGAGUAAGGGUCCUUCAAUGAUCACACCUAGGUGUCUGUUUGCUUCGGCUUCCUGUGGCCCCUUUGCUUUUGUAGCUGGUGGGGUAACAGAGGCUGGUGCAGUUCUAAAGUCUGCUGAGAAAUACAAUUCUGAUACUAAGACAUGGGAAACCCUUCCAAGGAUGCAAAGGAAAAGGAGGCUCUGCUCAGGUUUUUACAUGGAUAACAAGUUUUAUGUGAUCGGUGGGCGAAAUGAGGAGGGAAAAUGUCUUACUUGUGGAGAAGCCUAUGACGAGGACAAAAAGAAAUGGGAACUCGUCCCAGACAUGUUGGAGGAUACUCCUGUUGCUACUUUCCAAUCUCCACCUCUUGUUGCUGUUGUGAACAAUGAGCUUUACUCGCUGGAGACUUCAUCAAAUGAGCUGAAAGUAUAUUCAAAAAGGACCAAAACAUGGAGGAAGUUCGGGCCAGUCCCAGUACGAGCUGAUUCUUCAAGAGGAUGGGGUGUAGCCUUCAAGUCUCUGGGCAACGAGCUACUUUUAAUCGGUUCAUCAACAUCCAUGGUCUCUUAUUCAGGAGAUGGCAUGGCAAUAUACACCUGCCGCCCGGAUGCUGAAGCUGAGCGACUGCAAUGGAGGCCUCUUGAGUGCGGCAGAAACAGACUAAGCAACUUUAUAUUGAACUGUUCUGUUAUGGUAGCUUAAAUUUUAACCCUCCAAGCAGCAACUACUGAGUUGCUUGAUGCAAGUCAGAAUAAUAGCUAUAUUAGAAUACUAGGAUUUGACAUUAUAUAUAUCUCAGGUAUGAGGUGUUCCUCCAAACUGUAUGAUGGAGGCUAUUUGAAGGAACCCAGAUGAAUUAUCUAUAAAGCGUCUUGUUUUCUUUUUAUUCUGUGUACAGGAUCCUGUCAUUGCAGCGGCUUUGAUUGAAUCCUGGUCCUGUUGAACACUGCGUGUAGUAGAUAAUUUGAAGUUUUUGCUUGAAA